CUUCAAAACAUUAUUAAUUGUGUCCGAACCUGAUCUCUCUCUCUCUCUCAUUCAUCUCGAUUCUGAUCGUUCUCUGUAAUAGCGAUUCGGUUGAGUUCAACUACCGACCACCACCACCGUCAUCUUAUUUUCUCAGACAAGGGCGAGGGUCAUCAUGUCACUUGAUUUGCAAUUAAAGUCACAAUGCGGUGGAUGUGGAUCUUCCAAGGAUUUGUACGGAAGCCAAUGCAAACACUUGACUCUUUGCUUGACCUGUGGUAAAACAAUGGCUGAGAAUAGAGGCAAAUGUUAUGAUUGUGGUGCUACUAUUUCUCGCCUGAUUCGAGAAUAUAAUGUCCGGGCAAGUUCUAGUAGCGACAAAAAUUUCUUCAUUGGUAGGUUUGGGACGGGUCUUCCCAAUUUUCCAAGGAAGCAACAUGCUGAAAAUAAGUGGACACUUCAGAAAGAAGGAUUACAUGGACGACAAGUCACAGAUACAUUGAGGGAAAAAUACAAGAAUAAACCUUGGCUGCUGGUUAAUGAGACGGGCCAACAUCAGUACCAUGGCCAGCCUGAAGGUGCACAAUCAGCAACUUAUUACCUGCUAAUUUCACAAGCAAAAGAAUUUGUUGCGAUUCCUGCGGGUUCUUGGUAUAACUUUAACAAAGUCGCCCAGUAUAAACAACUGACUUUGGAGGAAGCAGAAGAAAAAAUGAAGAACAGAAGGAAAACUGCUGAUGGUUAUGAGAGAUGGAUGAUGAAAGCAGCAAAUAAUGGAGCUGCUGCAUUUGGUGAAGUUGAAAGGGAUGAUAAGGAAAGUGGAGGUAGUGGAAGGGGCCUCAAAAAGACAACUGGGGUUGAGGAUGAGGGCAAUGUGUCUGACAAAGGAGAAGAAGAUGAAGAAGAAGAAGCAGCGAGGAAAAGCAGACUUGGACUCAAUAAAAGAAGUGGAGAUGAUGACGAUGAAGAAGGUCCAAGGGGCGGUGACCUUGACUUGGAUGACGAUGACAUUGAGAAAGGAGAUGAUUGGGAGCACGAAGAAAUUUUCACUGACGACGAUGAAGCUGUUGGCAAUAAUGCUGAAGAACGUGAAGAAUUAGCUCCAGAGAUUCAUGCCCCUCCAGAGAUCAAGCAGGAUGAAGAGGAUGAGGAUGAAACGAAUGAAGAAGAGGGAGGACUAAGCAAAUCGGGGAAGGAAUUGAAGAAGCUGCUAGGAAGAACUGGUGGGCUUAACGAAUCAGAUGCUGAGGAUGAAGAUGAAGAUGAUGAUAUGGAAGAUGACAGUUUUUCGCCUGUCCUAGCUCCUAAGCAGAAGGAUACUCUGAAAGAAGAACCUACUGAUAAUAGUCCAUCUAAACCUGCAAAAGACAUAAAAAAGGAAUCUUCUACGCCUUCUAAGUCGUCAAAAGGAAAGCGAAAGACAGUUGGCGAAGAUGCCAAGUCGUCAGCCAGUGGUACUCCUGCAAAGAAAGUUAAAGUGGAAAGUGAUGUGAAGCCGCCUUCCAAAGAUGAGAAUACAAAAGCGAGUGUGCCAUCAAAAGGUGCAUCUGCAUCAUCAUCGUCAUCUAAACCUGCUCCAACAUCAACUGGACCUGUCACAGAGGAUGAAAUUAGGGCUGUUCUAAUGCAAAAAACUCCCGUGACCACUCAAGACCUUGUUGCUAAGUUCAAGUCAAGGUUAAAAACACGAGAGGAUAAGGAUGCAUUUGCUGAUAUAUUGAGGAGAAUUUCCAAGAUACACAAAACUAGUAAUGGACCUAGCUAUGUUGUUCUAAGGGAGAAAUGAGAAGAAGAUCAAUCAUCUUAUGAAUGAUUGAUGGUCUACACCCAAACUAUAACUCAUAUCACUACUAUCAUGUGUUCACACAUAACGAUGAAUUUAUAUAUCUAAAUCAGAUGAUGCUAAAUUCACUACAAUUAUGCUAUUUCGCUAUAAAUAAAAUGCGCUCACUUGUAUGCAUGUAACAUUCUUGUUACAGUUUUCAUUUAUGUAGCAAACUAAGAGAAUCUGUCUCUUUGUUUACUCAAGUGAAUAUAUAAUAUGGUUGCUCUAUUUGUGAA